AUGCAUUUCGCUUAUUCUUUUUCUGCUUCGUCCACAUGGACAAUCUUAAUCACCUUGGCAUGUCUUGUGCUUAGUGCGUCUCUGUCCGAUGCUCAACUUACACCUACCUUCUACGAUACUUCAUGCCCUAACGUCACUAACAUCGUACGAGACACCAUUGUCAACGAGCUAAGAUCGGACCCUCGUAUCGCCGCGAGCAUCCUUCGUCUUCACUUCCACGACUGCUUUGUCAAUGGUUGUGACGCAUCGAUCUUGUUAGACAACACGACAUCAUUCAGAACAGAGAAAGAUGCAGCUGGGAACGUGGACUCGGCUAGAGGAUUUCCUGUGAUUGAUACAAUGAAAGCCGCAGUGGAGAGGGCUUGUCCAAGAACCGUUUCAUGCGCAGAUAUGCUCACCAUCGCUGCUCAACAAUCUGUCACGUUGGCAGGAGGUCCUUCUUGGAGGGUUCCUUUGGGGAGAAGAGACAGCUUACAAGCAUUUUUCAAUCUAUCUAAUGAUAAUCUUCCUUCUCCCUUCUUCACACUUCCAGAACUUAAAGCCAGCUUUAGAAACGUCGGCCUCGACCGUCCUUCUGAUCUCGUUGCUCUCUCUGGCGGUCACACAUUUGGUAAAAAUCAAUGCCAGUUCAUUAUGCGCAGACUAUACAAUUUCGGCGACACCGGUUUACCUGAUCCUACCCUCAACACUACAUACCUAGAAACUCUUCGUGGACUAUGUCCCCUUAAUGGUAACCAAAGUGCCUUGGUGGAUUUUGAUCUGCGUACCCCAACGGUUUUCGACAACAAAUACUAUGUAAAUCUCAAAGAACAAAAAGGUCUUAUCCAGACCGACCAAGAGUUGUUCUCUAGCCCUAAUGCCACUGACACCAUCCCCUUGGUGAGAGAAUAUGCUGAUGGCACACAAAAAUUCUUCAACGCGUUUGUGGAGGCGAUGAAUAGGAUGGGAAACAUUACACCUCUUACGGGAACUCAAGGAGAGAUAAGGUUGAACUGUAGGGUGGUGAACUCCAACUCUCUACUCCAAGAUGUGGUUGAAAUCGUUGAUUUCAUUAGCUCUAUAUGAGAAUAGUAUCUCAGUAUGUGGCUACCAAAAUAUAUGUUACGAUAAAUAAGGGCGCUCUCAAGAUGUUACUUGAGAAUAUUUUAUUUUAGAUCACUAGUUGUUGUUUGGCUUUGUACUCGAAGACUAUAAUAAAUUUUUUUUUCCUUAAGUAAUCCA